ACUAAACGCCUAGAAUACAAACAAAUCACACACCAUCAGAACACGGCUUAGACGCAUGUUCUUACGCUGUCUCUCCGCUCUCACCGAGUCUUUUGUAUGCUAUUUUUAUAACCACUCAAAUCCAGAAGAGACGCUCUAGUCUCUCAGAUGUGCAAGCUAACCACUCCCUGAAUAAUCCUUUCCCAUCCCCACCCUUCUGUUUUGUCAGCCAUGUCUAACCGCUUAAUCGUCUCCUUCUUCUUCCUCAUCCUCCUAGUCGUUGCUAGCCCCGGCCAUGGCCGCUCCAUCGCCCACCCUCAAUACUUGUCGUCGUCUACUGAUCUAGUUUCCGAUGGUGUCCACCAGCUUCAGGGCCCACCUUCCCUCGCUCUCAACCGGUCCUCUGCCUCCGCUGAGUCGACCUGCGAGCAGACCUACGGGUUCCUUCCGUGCACCACCACCGUGCUCGGCAACCUAUUCCUCAUCGUCGUCUAUGGCUACCUCAUGUUCCUCUCCGCCACGUAUUUGUCCCAUGGGAGUGAGCUCUUGUUAGAGAUUCUUGGCCCUGGUAUUGUUGGCGGUUUGUUCCUCCCAGUCCUUGGUGCCCUUCCCGACGCCAUGCUUAUUCUCGUAUCUGGUCUUUCUGGAAGUACAGCAAUUGCUCAAAGUCAGGUUUCUGUUGGAAUGGGCUUGCUUGCUGGGUCAACUGUUAUGCUUCUUACAAUAAUAUGGGGAACAUGUGUCAUAGUUGGCAAAUGCGACCUUGUUGAUUCAGUUGCACAAGAUGCAAAAGAUACAAAAGGGUUUAGCUUAACUGAAUCGGGCGUUAGUACUGAUAUCUGGACUAGCUAUGCGGCAACGAUAAUGGUUUUAUCUGUCAUCCCAUUUUUAAUUGUGCAAAUACCACAAAUUCUGGAUUCAACUUCGGGGAGGCACUUGGCAGUCUUGAUUGCGCUUAUUGUCUCUCUCCUACUAUUGGUUUCCUAUUGCCUUUAUCAGGUCGUUCAGCCUUGGAUCCAGAAGAGAAAAAUUGCUUAUGUGAAGCACAAGCAUGUUAUAUUAGGACUGUUAAGGCAUUUAAGACAGCGUGCACUGGGAAGAUUGUUAAGGGAUGAUGGUGAACCUGACAGAGAUGUCAUUGAAAAGCUUUUUACUGCAAUUGACGUAAAUGGUGAUGGACAUGUUUGCCCUGAAGAAUUGAGUGCAUUGGUUGUUGGAAUUCGGUUUGAGGAGAUUGACCUGGAUCAGGAUGAUGCUGUAAUAAAAGUAUUACAAGAUUUUGAUACAUCUCGUGAUUCUGUUAUUGACAAGAAUGAGUUUUUCAAUGGCAUUUCUAGAUGGAUAAAAAGGGCAAAGAGGACGCAGGUUGUCAAACCUGAUCCUGGUCCUCACACAAUGAAGUUUUUAAACGACUUUCAUGAGGAAACAAAGAGAGAGCACGAUUUAUUGGAUGUGGGGGAUCAAAGUGAUGAAGUAGUUGAGGAGGAUGGUGGUUCCAGAUGGACCUCUAUCAAAGCAGUGCUAUUGUUAUUGCUGGGAACUAUCAUUGCCGCUGCAUUUGCUGACCCGCUGGUAGAUGCUGUUGAUAACUUCUCUGAUGCAACUAGCAUUCCUGCUUUCUUCAUCUCCUUCAUUGCGCUGCCUUUGGCUACCAACUCUAGUGAAGCUGUGUCUGCAAUUAUAUUUGCUAGCCGUGACAAGAGGAAAACCGCGUCACUAACAUUUUCUGAGCUAUAUGGGGCAGCAACGAUGAAUAAUGUUCUCUGCCUCUCAGUCUUCUUAGCCCUCGUUUACAUUAGGGGGUUGACAUGGGAUUUCUCAUCUGAAGUGCUGGUUAUUGUUAUUGUCUGCGUUGUGGUGGGGGGUUUUGCUAGUUUCCGCACCCAUUUCCCACUCUGGACAGCUCUUGUAGCUUUCCUACUUUACCCAUUCUCCCUGGCGCUGAUUUAUGUUCUUGAUUAUAUUUUGGGCUGGUCAUAGAUUCACGGAUGUGUAAAGAGAGAACCGCAGCUUAUUAGAUGUCAUUGUUUAUUAUAAAGUAAACUUUUGAAGAGUUUGCGUGUCUAUCAUUACUCUUGCUCAUAACCCGUUUAUCCCUUUCUUUGUUGUUGGUGAUAUCACUGUUAUUUUGGCACCCAAAGUUGAGAGCUUGAAAUCUGUAGCAACACAAAAUUUUUGGUUCUGCUUGUGGCUUUGUAUGGAAAGAAAUAUACCAAUCUUAUGUACGACUCUUAUAUUAGUUUUGAAGUGUUUUAUUUUUAAAUAAAAAUGUCUUUUCAG